AUGCCUUUUAACGCCACAAUUGGCGUGUCCUUCAUUAAACAAUUCAAAAACUACCUUCAGUUCCAGUCAACACUAGCAUUUCUUGCAAACCCUCCUAAAACGUCUUACGGGGUUGAGCCUGUUGAUCUUAUGAAAGGGCUCGAUGAGAUCUCCGAGACUGCUGAAAGCGGUGGAUAUGCAAACCACUAUGAGUUUGAGGCUGCCAUCAGGGUGUUGAUACGCAGGGCGCAUGACGGUCACUUGAACUGGCAAAGCCAAUGCCUGGAGGGUACAUUCUAUUUCGUGCGUGACUUCUAUAUAGUCGCGUUGACCGACUCCCCGGAAGAUGUUGUCCCUAAAAUAUAUGAAUAUAAUGAAAUUGAGGAGAAACUCAAUCUCAAUAUCAGCCAUACUUAUAACAUCUCGGCAAUUUCUCAGAUUGAUGGCGUACCCGUUCUUCAGUAUCUGUCUGAUUGGAUCGAAACGAACGAUCAGCUCUUUUCUGAUCCUGAUGCAAGAUGGAACUCGCUCUUCGCACGCAAUAAGGAUGGCUUUUCCCCUGGAGCAUUUUACGCGAGCCCACUGUAUCUAGGAGACAGCGUCAAACUUACUUUCGAAAAUGGCACCAAAAAGACCGUCCAGUGGCAAGCUUAUGUCUCCGGCAACUUCACCGGAAUAACUAAUGGGGAAGAUUUGUAUAAAAACUGUCUAAAGCCAACAGCGACAUCCACACCAGCUUCGGUAUCAACCCCAACAACGUCUCCGACUUCAGAUCCGACUCCGGCUCCUGAAUAUAUACAAGGCUAUCCCAAGACCCCUCUAUAUGUCGCGCAAGAUGGUAGUAUCAGCGCUUACAACAUUGAUAAAACCGGCAUCAUAGCAAUCCAUACGUUUGCGGGCUUUGAAUCUCAAGGCCGUGUAUUCCAGAAUUCAGCAAAAACAAUAAUUAGUAGGUUCCGAGAAAAGGGGAUUGCUCACAUCAUUUUUGAUGUUAGUGGAAACGGGGGUGGCAAUAUCGUCCUGGCAUAUGAAAUGUUCAAGCAGUUUUUCCCCAACGUGGAUCCCUUCAUCGCAUUAAACAUGCGUGCGCAUCCUGCUGCAAAGGUCUUCCUUGAGGUUGUUUCCGAUCAGAUCAACAAUUCUUCAUUGACCGAAGAGGAGAGGCGGGACUUUCGGGCGAUUCCUUUCGCAUACUACUACAUGGAUGAUAUUAAUGGCACGCCCUAUCGAAACUGGGAGGAGCUUUACGGACCUAUCGAAAACUAUGGAGAUACUUUUACGAACUAUUCAAGGUGGAACAUAAGAGAUAAGGAAGCCUUUGCGAUGAACUUUACUGUGACUAAUGGAGAUAUGAUGAGCAACUCUACAUCUCCCUGGACUGCUAAUGAUAUAAUUAUUGUUGGCGACGGACUUUGCGCAUCUACAUGCUCGUACUUUGUGGAAUUAAUGACACAGGUUGGAGUUCGCACCGUUGCUUAUGGCGGCCGGCCGCAAUCAGGCCCAAUGCAAAUGCUUGGUGGAACCGAAGGGAGUCUUUACGCUGCGUUUUCAACUCUCAAGACAUACGCUCAAGAUUUUGCGCUCCCAAAUAACCCCGAAAAAGCCGCUGAGUGGAGCGAAUUCCUUCCAGGGCCACUAGAUAUUCCACCAUUUAGGAGUGCGGGCGGUGUUAAUCUUAUGAAUUCGUUCGGUAGGGACGACUUAGAUACUCCGCUGGACUUUAUCUACACUCCCGCGAACUUUAGGGGUCAAAUGAGUAAAGAUUAUUUUAGGGAUAGUAGUAACCUCUGGAAGGAUGUCAUAACCAAAGUUUGGUCUAAUGGGACUGUUUACAGAAGGCACUACUAG